AGGAAGAAGGAAGAAAUGGCGACCGCUCUCGCCAACAAGAAUGCGGCCCAUCGAACCCUGAGUCUGCUGAGACAAUCGUUCGGUUUCCUCAGGAACCUCAGCGCCGCCGCGUCGCCGUCGUCUUCCCCGACGAGCCCUUCUUCUUCCUCCUCUUCUGCGAAGAAGCCGAAGCGGAAGAAGAAGAAGAACCUGUUCGAGGUGGCUCAGUUCCUUCCCAACUGGGGCAUUGGGUAUCACAUGGCCAAGACCCACUGGACCGGCGUCUCUUACCAGAUCACCAAAAUCAAUCUCUACAAGGAUGGGAGGCAUGGCAAGGCAUGGGGCAUCGUUCACAAAGAAGGGUUGCCAGCUGCCGAUGCUCCGAAGAAAAUAGGUGGUGUUCACAAGCGCUGUUGGAAGUAUAUUCCUAAUCUAGGAAGCACAUCUAGUAGCCUACCAAGCUUGACAAAGCCAACAGAAACUCCACAAACUGAAGCUCAGGCAGCUUGAUAUUUGUUUGUUUAGAUUUCUCCGAAAUGAAGCUUUUUGAGGAGUCUUUGGGCUUCGAACUUUAGUGUUUUUGACGAGUUCUUGGUGAUGGUAAUCUAGAUUAGCAGCUGUAUUCCUGCUGA